UCCAAUAUCUCCGGCGACUCGCGGUUUAUCCCAAUCCAAUGGCUCGCGCUCUCUCUCGCCUCCUCCUCCCGCCCCUCUUCCUAUGCCGCCCUCUCCCACUCCCACCCCUCCUCCACCGCCGCCGCCGCGUCGUCCUAAACCCUAGCCCCAGAACCCUCACCACGCGCGCCGAGGCCCUCUUCUCCCGCCACUCCCACCUCCUCCCCGCCGACGACCGCUCCCCCUCCCCCUCCACCCGCGGCUCCGUCCAGCCGCCGCCGGACUAUGGCGGCGGCGGAGGCGGAGCGGGCCCCGGGACCAUCGCCGCCAUCGUCACCUCCCUCGGCGGCGGCCCCGCGGCGGUGGGGAUCGUGCGGCUAUCCGGCCCCGACGCGGCCGCCGUCGCGGGGCGCGUGUUCCGGCCGGCCAGGAGGGCGGCGCCGCCGUGGCGGCCGCGCAGCCAUUUCGUCGAGUACGGGGUCGCGCUCGACCGCGAUGGCGGCGUCAUCGACGAGGUCUUAGUGGUGCCGAUGCUAGCUCCGAGAUCGUACACGCGGGAGGAUGUGGUGGAGCUCCAGUGCCAUGGGAAUGACCUGUGCUUGCGGCGUGUGCUCAGGGCCUGCUUGGAAGCUGGUGCUAGGCUUGCUGACCCUGGUGAGUUCACUGUUCGUGCGUUUCUGAAUGGGAGGUUGGACUUGGCACAAGCGGAGAAUGUGUCAAGGCUCAUUUCAGCCAAAUCUGCAGCUGCGGCAGACUCAGCAUUGGCUGGCAUACAGGGAGGCUUUUCUGCACUAGUAAAAUCACUGAGAUCAAGGUGCAUAGAAUUGCUCACUGAGAUUGAGGCCCGUCUAGACUUUGAAGAUGAAUUGCCUCCUUUGGAUCUAACAAUGCUGGUCAGCAAAAUUAAUGGUAUGAGACAAGAGGUUCAGGAUGCUUUGGACACUGCUAAUUAUGAUAAGCUGCUACAAUCUGGUCUGCAGGUAGCAAUAAUUGGCCGCCCAAAUGUUGGCAAGUCAAGCCUGCUGAAUGCUUGGAGUAAGAGUGAAAGGGCUAUUGUUACUGAAAUAGCUGGAACCACAAGGGAUGUAGUAGAAGCAAAUGUCUCAAUUCAUGGCAUCCCUAUUACCCUUCUAGAUACUGCUGGUAUAAGAGAAACUGAUGACAUCGUGGAAAAAAUUGGUGUGGAACGAUCAGAAGCUGCUGCACUGGGAGCUGAUCUGAUUAUUAUGACAAUAAGUGCAGUUGAUGGGUGGACUGAAGAUGACACUAAACUUAUUGAGCAUGUGUUGAUCAGUAAGAAAUCUUCAGGUGCUCCAGUGCCAAUGGUCCUUGUAAUCAACAAGGUAGAUUGUGCACCAUUUAUUUCAGGAGAACAGUUUGAACAAUUCCAUGGAGUUUUCAAAAAACAUGUGCAAACAUGUGCAGUCACUGGUAAAGGCAUUUCUGAGUUGGAGAAGGCUAUAAUAGAGGUCAGAGGUCUUGAGCCUGUACCAUCAGAGGGACGGCGAUGGACUGUAAAUCAGAGGCAAUUUGAACAGCUAUUGAGGACCCAACAAGCUUUUACUAGGCUAGAGUCAUCUAUCAACGAGCAGUUGCCGAUGGACUUCUGGACUAUAGACUUGAGGGAAGCAGCAUUGGCUCUUGCAACAAUCAGCGGGGAGGAUAUCUCUGAAGAAGUCCUGAGCAGCAUAUUCAGCAAAUUUUGCAUUGGAAAAUGACUGGCAAGCACGGUAAACUGCAUAUUCUUGUUGAUCCACUGAAUAUGGUUACAAUCAGUUGUUUUGAGCCGAAGAUCUGUUUGCAACUUGAACAGGCAGUAACAUAUAUCGGCGCAUAAAAUUAUGUGAAUUGCCAGUCAGUCACCAUCCGACUCAUGUUUGAGACACAACAGGAGUACAUGACUUAGUUUGCUCGAACAUAUUGAUGAUUGAGCUCAAUGACUGGCUUCGAGUUUACUAGAUUUUUCACCGUUCACUUGAGCAGCUGUGCUAUAUAUGCUUGCAAAACUUGCCUCAUCUACACGAGCAGUUUAGAGGCAGUUUAUAGCUCUGUAAUGGAAGAAGACUCAUAUGUACUGCUUCGAUCAUCCUCACAACUGUUUUGAAUGACUGCCACAAUGUAUGGAUAUGCCUAGUGCUUGUGAUUGGCAAUUGUGCUUUGGUCGCGCAUCUAAUGGCAGACGGCUUGACCCUAA